AGUAUGUAUACUUUAUAUAGUGCUAUGCUGCUGUUUAAUCGGUUUGAUUAAAGAUGGAGGAGACUAGCAAUGAGAAGUUUCUGUCAAGGAGGCGUUCUGCUGCUCUUAAAGCUUUCAAAGUUAAAGACGAACGUGUUGCAACUUUUAAAAAGGUACAUUUAUCUUUUAGACAAGAAAAAAGACAUAGAGUUAAAGCAAGAUUAGAAGAAAUAGAAGAUGCACCAGAAAUUUUGGAAGAAAAAUGUAUGAGAUUGGCUGCUGCAAUUAGCAGAGCAACAUCACUUGCUGUUUAUACUGGUGCUGGUAUUAGUACAGCUGCUUCUAUUCCUGAUUAUAGAGGAACAAAUGGUGUUUGGACUCGUUUACAACAAGGAAAAGAUAUCGGAAAUCAUGAUCUUAGUCAAGCAGAACCAACAUUGACACAUAUGGCUCUUUAUGCUUUAUAUAAGGCAAGAGUUUUAAAACAUAUAGUUUCUCAAAAUUGUGAUGGACUUCAUUUGCGUAGUGGAAUACCUCGUACACUUUUAUCUGAAGUUCAUGGCAAUAUGUAUGUAGAAGUUUGUAGAAUAUGUAAACCAUAUAGAGAAUAUUGGAGAUUAUUUGAUGUUACUGAAAAAACAGCUCGAUAUUCUCAUGGUACUGGAAGAUUAUGCCAUAGAUGUAAUUCUGUUUUACAAGAUUCUAUUGUUCAUUUUGGUGAAAGAGGCAAUCUUCCUUGGCCAAUUAAUUGGAAUGGCGCAACAAGAGCUGCAAAACAAGCAGAUGUUAUAUUAUGCUUAGGUUCUAGUUUAAAAGUUUUGAAGAAAUAUCCAUGGUUGUGGCAAAUGGAUAGACCAAUUCAUAAACGUCCAUCAUUGUAUAUUGUAAAUUUACAAUGGACUCCAAAAGAUGAAAAUGCAGUUUUAAAAAUAAAUGGAAAAUGCGAUGAAGUUAUGAAAAGGAUCAUGACUCAUCUUGGAUUAGAAAUACCGCAAUAUAAUCGUGCCAAGGAUCCUAUUUUUUUUCAUGCUGUACGACUUAGAAAUAGUGAACAACACACAACAAGUCAACCUUGUUUGGAAGAGCCAACUAAUAUUAUUCAUAAAGAAUUAAAUCAAAUCGAUGAUAAUUUUCAUGAAGGUAUAUCAUCUCCAACAAAAGAAAAAGAAUGCAUUUCACCCAAAAGAGUAACUGAAUCAAUGUCUGCUUAUUCAGCACCAUUUUUUACUGCAUUACCGUUUUUAUCUAUGGGAUUACCAUUUCCACCAAUGUAUAUGUGUCCUCAACUAACACCACUUUUUUAUUAUCCAUUUGUACAAGUACCAAAUAUGACUUCAGAUGUGCCAAAACCUAAACCUACAUGUACUUUUUGCAUGGAAAAUGAAGGAUCUCUUACUUGUCUUUAUUAUCAACGAGAAGCAGACAAUUCUACUUUAAUAGGAACAGAAAGUAAACAAAUAAAAGAUACAAAAACAUUAGUAAUUCAUGCAGAUCCUCCAAUAGCUGCUAAAAAUCCUGGAUGGUUUGGUAAAGGAUAUCGUAAAGGCAUGAAAAAGAAACGGUAGCAUUUACUUUCCCUAAUAUUAUAUAAUCUUCCUCUUUUCUCUUAUAAUAUGAAUGUAUAACAUAUAUGAUAUAUGAUAAUGUACGUAAAUGUUCGAUUCCUCCAUAUCAUAAUGAGAUCUGUAUACACAAUUUAGAAAUGUGUAGCAAUUAAAUUCCAAUAUUUAAUAACCAAAAUUUUAGCAAUUAAAUUAAAAUAUUUAAAAUUAAAAAAA